AUGGACGAGCCUAUUGCUUAUCAAGGAAAUAAAAUUAUUAAUCGUGAAUUAAAAAAUUGUCCAGAUUGUGAUGAACCACGGAUAUCUUUUGGCUUUUGCAAGAAAUGCGAAACCAACGCUAUGAAGGAAAAUUUCAUUCAUUGGACAACAGAAAAUAAAGAAAUUGAUCAAUUGAUCCAAUUUACUCAAUUAGAGGCCACCCAAACUUGUGAUUAUUUGGAAUUUAUCCCUUUCGAGAAAUUCGAAUUGGUUAAAUAUAUUGGAAGUGGCGGGUUUGGUAGUGUAUAUUCAGCGAUUUGGAUGGAGGGACCUCGUUGGAAUUGGGACGAUGGGUCCCAAGAGUGGUCUCGUUCAGGACCUAUGAAUGUUGCUUUAAAAAGGCUUGACAACUCGCAAAACAUUUCAAACUCUUAUAUUGCGAAGGUGAUAAUAAUAUUUAUAUUACUUCGUCUAUUACAAUGGAUUACUUUAAUUUGCGAUGAUCCUAAUCCCUCGGAUAUUUCAGACGAAAGUUCUAUUGCUGAAGAAAAAAGGUGGAAAAAGAUUUCUCAAUUACCUAAAAAACAUAUUCAUUCAAAGAUUCUUCCAGAAAUUCAUCCAGAUGCAUAUUAUACAAGUAGACCAUUGUAUUUCCCUGAAUUAUGGUAA